UAAAUGACGGAAGUGGGAGAUGGGGUUUUAACAAGACUGAAGAACAAGCCUGGGGCUGAGAGCUCAUUCAGGGUGCUUUCACCAGAGCCAGAGACUGGGACAAAAGGUAAAGAGGCCCCUGGGCACCUGAGAUGUGGAGCAGGGAUGGGACAGUUGACAGAACUGUUCAGGAAAGUGAGGCCAAGGACUUCAGCAGAACCAACAUUUGCUUCAAGUUCCUGGUGUUUCUAACAAUGUGCAGGAUGCUGAUGGCACCUGGUAGAGGCUGCUUUGCCAUAGCCAUUCUGCUGGCAAUCGUGGACAUCCAGCUUGGUGGAUGCAUGCACAUCCUCAGCUCAACUUCCCAAGAAGGAAAGAGACUAAGCUUGAUCUGUACUGUGUGGCACACGAAAGAAGAGGUUGAGGGGAUUAUAGUGUUUUUGUGCAAGGACAGGUUUUGGGACUGCUCCCCUGAGACAAGCUUGGAGCAACUGAGACUUACACGGGAUCCUGGGAGAGAUGGUGCCAGUCAAAGACCAUCUCAGUUGGUGUUCACCAUAGACCAAGCCACGCCAUUGGACAGCGGGAACUACCAGUGUUGUGCAAGAAGCCAGAAGCCAGAUAUCCGCCUGCAGGGCCAUAUUUUCACCGUUUUAGUCACAGAGACAGGAAACUACACAGUGACAGUGAUGGGACUGAAACACCCCAAGUUCAGCCACAGUAAAGGUGCUCUCAAUUUAGGCUUCCUGCCAGAAAAGAUCUCAGUGAUGCUGGUCACCAGCUUGGUAGCCCUUCAAGGUAUGUUCAAAAGAGCCUUAAUCAUCCCAAGCAAUGAAGGUGCUAUACCUUUGACAUCUUGGUUAUUCUCCAGGAAAGGGGUGGAAAAGCCCAGAUGGGAAGGGGAAAAGCUAAUGGUCCUGGUGAGCCAUAGGAAAACAUCAAACAAAUGUGAGGGAAAAAUUGGUCCAAAGGGACCAAACACAUUACUCAUGAGGGAAAGUUGGAUGAAUCAUAUGUUCCAUUAGACAGGUCAGACCUAUUAGGAAAGUAAGCCUCUGAGACAGGGAAGUAAAUACAGCCUUCUCUACUCACUGGAUGACCAGAGGGCUACAAGUUGAGGCAACAGAUGUUUGCCGGUUAUGUGAAAAUGAACAAGACAAGAGACAAACUUGGUCUUGAGGUGGGUUUUAAACAAUGUAGCUCCUCAACAAAGGCUGAGAACCAGAUUAAGUAUAUUAAAUACUUGUAGCUGAGUCCUCUGAGUAUUCAUCAAUAUAGAUCAAGGUUUUCCUUCUAAGAGACUGGAACUUGCAAUGAUUUGCCAUUAUGUUUUUGCAUAAUCAAUAACUGAUGCAUAUUUUUUUGCUUCUCCUUGGCACUUAAUUCCAUUUCAUUGAGGCUUUCUGCUAAUCAAUAACUAGCACUGUUGAGUGCUACCAGAAUGAAAGUGCAGGGACUUUGUCUUGUUUACCCCAACAAAAAGACAGUACCAGGUACACAGUAGGCUCUUAAUAUAUGUUUAAAGAUUUGUGUAAUGAGUAAGACUUUACAUAUAGUGAUUUCUAACCUCACACAAGCAUUCCAAGCAAAUAUUCUCUCAUUACUCGUCAGGAAACGAGUGCAAAGAAGUUAACACUGCCCCAGUCCACCAGGAAUUAACACAGGACCUUCUCACUCUAAAACUGCGUUCUCAGUAACUACCUACUAUUCACUAAGCACCUUCUCUCUCCACUCCUUCAGCACCCUCCCCAUUCUAAGACUGCCUCCUUCCACUUUCAGGACCACCUAACAUUCCCUAUUUCAGCCCCUUAUCUGCAAACAAUUUAAAACAGAAUCCUUAUCUGUGAUCCUUAAGACCUGCCAAAUUAAACCAAAUGCCAGUGUUUAGGAGGAAACUGUUGAGUCAUCAAGGUGUCUGACCCUUGAGAUAUUCUUUACUGAAUCUAAAUCCCCUCAUAUAGUUAGGCUUCUCUGUUAAAUUUUAUUUCUUCGUACAGAAUAAGAACUCUGAAGACCAGAGGAAAUUGAAUCUAAGUCACACAAUCUACUACCACUUACUACCUUUGACUCCCACGUUAUGCUAGAGCAGAAUUAUGUUAAGCUCUUUUUCCCUUUCUCAACCAGGUGAGAUCUUUUUGAUAGUUCAUUUUCUUUCUCCUCCUACUCAAGGUUUAGGAGAAUUAUGGAAGAUGUAGUGUCCAGUAGAAAAGUAUGUUUUUUCAGGCCCAGAUCAACUUCUCACAUGUGACAAAAAGAAUGAGGUAGUUUUCUGGAUCCAUUUCCCUCAGAGCUCAUGAAACUAAUUUCAGUGAAUAUCUGCCCUACCAUCAUGCCAACCAUUCAGUGCUAUACAUGGAAAAUCAACCUUGAACCUCUGUAGUGGCAUCUAUUUUUUCUUUGACUGUGCUACUUUCCAGCAAAGAGAGAUAGAUCAAAGGUUGAUUCCUCCCCACUUCCACCAUAAGUUAGAUUUGCCAAAUCUUCCAAGACCCAACACAUAUAUUACAUUCCUUCCUUCUUUCCUUUUCCAUACCCUCUCUAGUCAUGAGGACUUAUCAACACAUAUCCCGGAUGAAUUUCAUCAAGUAUUUUGUUGAUUGCUACUCUAGGUUGUGUGACAAUAAUACAAGCUUUCCUUUUUC